AGACAGAAGAUGUCUAAUUUGAACAAAUCUGAUUUUGGCAAAUAUUUGGAAAUUGCCAAAUUAAAUGCCCGUACGGAGUUAAUAAAAGCUAAAAAUAGACAGCUUGCAACACCAAAUACUGUAGAAACAGGUGUUCUAAAUGCCCGUGCUGAGUUAAUAAGAGCUGAAAAUGAACAGCUUUUAAUAAAGUAUAUGCUUAGAUCAGAACCAUUUGAUGCAACACCAAAUGCUGUAGAAACAGGUGGUCUAGAUCAUUCACCUCGUGGAAACAGUAUUCAGUGUACAGAUACUGGUACUGAUUCUGAUCAGACGGUUCUCCAAGACUGUAUUCGAGGUAUUAAUACAGAUAAAAUGAUGAAGCAGAAUGAAGAUGAUGAAGAGUCUGGUGUUUAUUCCAACAUAGAAGAACAAUCUAUUACUUGGGGACCCAUCCGUCAAUGUACAGAGAUGUAACCAGUUACACAAUUCUUAAAAAAUUUUACCAAACUUCAAAAAUUAUUGAAAUUAUUAAUUAUCAUUUAAGUGUAAACCCUAAUAAAAAUUUCAAGGUAGCUGGCCAGGCAAGGUAAUAUACACCCACUUGCAGCUUUGAUUUUGGAUAAAAAAUAUUUGGCAGUACAGUAACAAUCACCAGUAUACAAUAUAAAUAUAAAUAAAUAUUGAAUAAU